CAAAAACAAAAAGGAAGGCGGAAUUGGUUUUCCCCCAAUGGAGGGUUUAGAAAUGGGAAUCUAGGUUUUUCUUAUUUCUUUCCUUGUUCGUCCUGAUCAGAGAUAUAUAGAAACCAAUGAGACAAGAAUAAAUGUUUCAGAUAAGGGAGAAUGGGGAAAGGAGAGAAGGAAGAGAGAGGUUAGUAGCGGUGGCCGUAGACAGGGACAAAUCCAGCCAGCGUGCUCUCAAAUGGACGGUUGAAAAUUUCAUCACCCGAGGCCAAACUGUGAGGCUUGUCCAUGUUAUCCCCAGACCACCUUCCAAUCCUAAUCCAGUUGGAAUUGAUGACACAGUUGCUGAACGACAGCUUGAUAAUCAAACCAUGGACUUAUUCCUUCCAUUCCGACGCUAUUGUACGCGUAGACAAAUACAAUGUGAAGCAAUUGUACUGGAGGAUCCAGAUGUAGCAAAAGCGCUUAUUGAAUACAUUACCCAAUGUGGAAUCCAAACUCUUCUGCUUGGUGCAACAUCAAAGACUGGACUUUCCAGAUUAUUCAAGGCUACAGAUAUUCCUGCAAGUGUACUAAAAUGGGCACCAGAUUUCUGCAACAUAUAUGUCAUUUCGAAAGGAAAGGUUGCUGCCAUACGAUCUGCCACUCGUCCGGUCCCCAUCAUUCGAGGAGGUGGAUCAUCAACACGACUUGAGCCACAAAACUUGAAUAAGGAGGCGCCCUCAGUCAUAUCACUCUCCAGAGAAAACGAUGGAUUAUUCUAUGAUGAGCUUGCAGCACCUGAGAAUGACAUCUCAUGUUCAAGCUCCGACGGCUCGUUUCUUUCCUUCUACCAAAACCUGGGCUCUAGUCCUAAUCAGCACAAUGUGGAGCCUUGCAGGCGCCCAAGAUUCUCGGAUGUUGGAACAUCAUCAGCUUCUUUAGGAUGUGCAGAGGACACAAAUGAAGAAAUCAGAAGAUUAAGGAUAGAGCUGAAGCAAACGAUGGAUAUGUACCAUGCAGCCUGCAGAGAAGCAUUAGCAGCCAAACAGAAGGUGAAGGAACUCCAAGAAUGGAAGAGAAGAGAAGAGAGGAGAGUAAGAGAGGCGCAGCAGGCACAAGAAGCAUCAUCAUCAGUUGUGGAAAAGGAGAAGGCAAGGUUUAAGGCGGCAUUGGAAGCUACUGAAGCAGCUCAGAGAUUCGUUGAGUUAGAGGUGCAGAAAAGGGUGGAAGCAGAAAGGAAAGCACUCAGAGAAGCGGAGGAAAGAGAAAUGCUUUUUCUCCAUGCUUUAGGCCACUCCCAUAUGGUUGUCAAGUACCAAAGCUUAUUCCAUAUCUUAGCUGUUCUAUUUUUAUUCUAUUUCUACUUUAAGAAAAGAAAACAGGGGAUCAUGGCCAGAAGAAACAAUGGAGAAAAGAGAGACGCGAGUGUGGCAGUGGCAAUCGAUAAGGACAAGGGAAGCCAAUACGCUUUGAAAUGGGCUGUUGAUCAUCUUAUGUCCAGGGGUCAAGCUAUAACUCUUCUCCACGUUAAAACCAAACCUUCUUCCAUUCCCACCCCAACUGGGAACCACGUGAACAUUUCCGACGUUAACGACGAUGUUGCAAAAGCGUAUAAGCAACAACUCGACAACCAAGCCAAGGAGGUCUUUCUACCUUUCCGAUGCUUCUGCUCCCGAAAGGAUAUAAAAUGUAAUGAAAUCAUCCUGGAGGAUACCGACAUCGCUAAAGCCUUGAUUGAUUUCGUCUUAUCCUCAUCAGUCGAGACUUUAGUACUUGGCGCACCGUCAAAAAGCGGCUUUGUGAGAAGAUUCAGGACAAGCGAUGUCCCAACUAAUGUCUCAAAAGCGGCUCCCGAGUACUGCACAGUAUAUGUGAUUGGCAAAGGGAAGAUCUCAUCUGUGCGAUCUGCUUCUGCUCCCCCUCCGACAAGACCACUCCCCCCACGUGCUCACUCGCAAACCCAACCUGCUAACAUUCUUGAACCCACGGAUGCCCCUUCCGGUUCCGCAUAUAACCCCAGAUACAGAGCUGUAGGUGAUAGGCCCCAACAUCCACCCCGCAGCAUGCCUGAAGAUAUGGAAAUCAGGUCACCAUUCACAAGAGGUCAUAUCAAAUAUGAGCCCUCAAUUCCCGACUCUGACAUAUCAUUUGUAAGUAGUGGAAGGCCAAGUACAGAUCGCAUGUUCCCUUCGUUGUAUGACAAUCUGGAAUAUGGAACUCCUCGGCUUUCAGUCAGCUCAGAUUAUGACAACAGAAGCUUUGGGUCAUCGUAUUCAGGAAACAGGUCCACGGAUUUCAGUUCUUCACAAUACGAGUUCUCGUCAAGCUCACUGGAAAGUGGGAGGACAUCAUGGUCAUCUCAGAAUAUGGAUGAUGUGGAAGCUGAAAUGAGAAGACUCAGACAAGAGCUCAAGCAGACAAUGGAUAUGUACAGUGCAGCCUGCAAGGAAGCACUCACAGCAAAGCAGAGGGCAAAAGAACUUCAUAGUUGGAAACUGCAAGAAGAACAAAAAAUAGAAGAGGCACGACUAUCUGAGGAAGCUGCAUUGUCACUUGCAGAAAAGGAGAAAGCAAAAUGUAAGGCUGCCAUUGAGGCAGCCCAAGCAGCUCAACGGAUUGCUGAACUAGAGGCGCAAAAGAGAAUAAAUGCAGAAAAGAAAGCCAGCAAAGAAGCUGACCAAAGGAAAAUGGCAAAAAAGAGUUUAGGACAUGAUCUCCGGUAUAGGAGAUAUACAAUUGAAGAGAUUGAAGCAGCAACAGAGCAUUUCUCGUCCUCUCGCAAGAUAGGAGAAGGAGGUUAUGGGCCAGUUUACAAGUGCAACCUGGACCACACGCCGGUUGCAAUAAAAGUUCUACGUCCAGAUGCAGCCCAAGGAGAAUCACAGUUUCAUCAAGAGGUUGAAGUGUUGAGCUGCAUACGGCAUCCAAACAUGGUUCUCCUCCUUGGAGCCUGCCCAGAGUAUGGCUGCCUAGUCUACGAAUACAUGGCUAAUGGGAACUUAGAAGAUCGCCUCUUUAGGCGCAAUAACACUCCAGUGCUUCCCUGGCAAGUAAGAUUCCGAAUUGCUGCAGAGAUUGCGACUGGUCUCCUUUUCCUCCACCAAACCAAACCAGAGCCACUUGUGCACCGUGACCUGAAACCUGCCAAUAUUUUGCUUGAUCGAAACUAUGUCAGCAAGAUUAGCGAUGUUGGCUUGGCUAGGCUUGUUCCUCCAUCUGUUGCCAACUCCGUCACUCAGUAUCAUAUGACAUCAACAGCUGGAACAUUCUGUUACAUAGAUCCAGAGUAUCAACAAACUGGAAUGCUAGGGACAAAAUCUGAUAUUUACUCUCUCGGGAUCUUGCUUCUACAAAUAAUAACUGCCAAGCCACCAAUGGGUUUGACUCAUCAUGUUGACCAUGCUAUUGAGAACGGAUCUUUUGCUGAUAUACUAGACCCGGCUGUGCUUGACUGGCCAGCGGAAGAGGCCUUGAUCUUUGCCAAGCUAGCCCUUAAAUGUUCAGAGCUGAGGCGAAAAGACAGACCAGAUCUGGGACAGGUCGUGUUGCCUGAGCUUAACAGAUUGAGAACUCUUGGUGAGGAAAACAUGCCUUUUAUCACGCUUGGCGGCAGUGCAGGCCCCUCACCAAAUCACAGCCAAGCUUCCACCUCCUCAAAUCAGGAUUUUCUUAGUGACCCUCAGUCUGUCCAAUCUGGAUACGAUAGCUCAAGGAGCCGCUCAAACACAUCAUCUUUCACUGGGAGACGAUAAACUGCGAAGACUGGUCCUAUGAAGCUAGCCAAACCAGUGCCAGAAUUCAACACAGGGAACCCAAGUUUGUAAUAAAAAUUGAAGUUCAGAAUUCCGAGCAUCCGAGUUCAACUAAUAUUCAAUUUUUCAUUCAUUUGUUUCCC